AUGAGUAAAAAUUUUCAAUCGCCUAGUAUUUUCUGGUGGAUUCUUAUUCCCGGAGGAUUUAUUACGAUAUUUUUGUUAGGCUAUUAUCCUAGUAUAAUACCGUUGGAUCAGUUGGGUGCAUCUGGUAGGUCGUUAUCUCAGUCAGUAACGCAAUAUCGUACGGGUCUCAUUGUUGGUCUUUGGGCUACGAUUCUUGCACAUCUUUUUGAAGCAAUGUUUGCUAGAAAUAUUUGUCAAAAACAUAAGUUCGACCAACAAUCGACACUUUUAUGGACAAUACAGACAUUUAUUAUAGGAUUUCCUUCAUUGAAAUUACUCAAGCGUCGUGCUCUACAAAACAAAUAA